AUGACGGAAUUAGCCGAACGGCUAAGUGCACAAGUCACACAAUUAGUAAUAAUCCGGCAUUUCGACCGGGAAAGCAUCGAGCAGGCGCUGAAUCUGGUCAGAAGGCGUAACGACCUUAUCACGUGUCCAAAAGAUGCGUGCAUGGUUUUUGAGUAAGUGGAAAACAAAAAAUCCAAAGAAAAAUGGUUGAAACUGAAAUUGUUUGGGAAAAAAUUAAGGAAAACUGGACAAAGUUAGAUUUUUCAAAUGCAAUUUUUUCCACAUUUUCUAUAUCAACGACCUGUUCCAGACACCUCUUGUACGGCCUAAUUCUGCUGAACGAGAUCGACAAGCGUCAAUCGAAGCGACUGUUGCCCGUGUACGCACUGGCGGCCCAGCAGAACCCGGCGAAGGAGCAGUUGGGCAAAGUGAUUCUGCGAGUGCUGCUCUCGAUUCCGAUGAUGGUCCAGUCGCGCUGGGACCUCUUCACGCUCUUGUACGCCGCCCGCCUUUUACCCGAUGUCCCCGAUCCGUUUUUCGCGGAGCUUGAAGCCUGCUCGGUGGAUCAAGACCUCUCGGCGCGAUGCUCGGCCGCCAUUUUAAACCUUUCCGUCGAUGAGAAAUAUUGCGAUCGAGUCGCCGGAAUGAUCUAUCGUGGAAUGGUCUCGCCGUCGCAAGCGCAUCGAAAUAACGUGCACCGUAACUGGUUCUGCCGAAUAAUCAAUAAUAAGCACGCGAAGCGGUGCGUCGAGAAGAUAUUGUCGUUGUGUCGGACGGAAGUCGAACAGGCGCUCGCCUUUAUGUGGCCCGUCACUUUUCGCGAGCUCUCCGGAAUCACUUGUACGGAUUUGCAAUGGAAGUGCGUGCUCGAGGACGAACCGUUCGAGCGCAUCACUUUUGUGCACAUGGCCUACUAUUCGGUGCUGCUGUCGAUUAAGUGCCAGGGCAGUCAGGUUGGGCCUUUUUAUUCUUUUAUUUUUCGAUAAAACGCAUAGCCACGCGCCCCUUUUUUUGCACAAAAAUACGGAUUUUUAGGUGAAAGUGAAGCUGCCGAAAGAUGAUGUCGUGCUGACACGUGGCAUCGAGUAUCACGUGCCGAUGGUGGCGAAACAGGCGGUGCUCGUGUGCUCCGCCUACAAAUUCUACCCGCCGAACCUCGAAAAGACGAUAUUGUCGGAUGCGGUGCUGAUCCGGAAUCCGGCGGUGACCGAUCUGAUCGACGACGAGAUGCUCAAAUCGUUCAGCAAAGAGGGACAAUAUCUGUUUCCGAAGGAACGCCUCAAAUUGCGUUGGGAAAUGGGUCAGAAACUGUGCGAAGCGUACGAGAUGGUCAAACACUAUCCGGCGACGGACGACGGAAAUCUCAAAGUCGAGGUCAACAUGCACUCGGAGAUCAACGCCAUCAAGACGUUGCAGCGCUUCUUCAAAAUUCAGAGUACGGGUUUUUUCUAAAGAGUUUUGGGGGAACAUCAGGGCUGGCCACUUGGACUUGAAUAGGAGUAUUUUGGACCGAAAUUUCAAAUCGAUCCGAUAAUCUGGUCCCGAGAUAUGUGGCCUAGAGCCCGAAAUGACCGGGGUUUUGCGAAAACUUUGGCUUUCUCGGCCUCUGAUCCGCAUAUCUCGGGACCAGAUAAUAGAAUCGGUCUGAAACCUGGGCACAAUGUACUUCAAUCCAUGUCGAAGAAGUUUGCAAAGAUUGGGUCCCAUCGGACCAUUGAUUAUUGCAAAAAAGUAAAAAACCGGGCUCCUUUACAAAAAAUCCAAAAAUUCUCAAAGUUUUGCAGGUCCAACCGAAGUGUACCCGUCGGUGGCGGCCGUAAUGGAGACGCUCUCGUCGCAGAACAUUGACGAGCGUCUUUUCUGCCAAAAAGUGUUCGUCAUCGUGGACAUUGUGCUGAAACAGUACGCGGAUCACAAAUUCUCGCGACUCAUCACCACACAAUUCAUAUUUCAGGCGAUCACUCGGAUUCCGUUGAGGGUAAGCAACACGUUUGUCUAGAAAUUAUCACAAAAAUUUGCAGGCCGUAGUGGAUUACGUGGGCGAAAAGCUGAAGAAACAGUGCAAAGAGGACGUGCUGUUCCGCGAGAAAAUCUUCCGAAUGGCGCUGGAUUUGUUGCAAACGGAAGAGGACAACGCUCGGCCGCUCUCCCUCAUGCACUGCUUCACGAGUACCGCGCAUCUCGAGAGGCACAAAGUCACGCAAGUGUGGCAAACGAUCAAAACGGUGCGGGUGGGCGAGAAGAAGCGGAAGAUGAGCGAGAUGCUCGCCAAAGUCGUCCAGAGCAGCGAAAUUGACAUUUGUGAGCGUCUUUCUUUUUUAGAAAUUUUUUUUUUUGAUUUUUAGACGCGAAAGACCUGCACGACAUGAUAAUCUGCUCGCUGGCCUUCAAACCCGACGAGUUCGACGUCGAAUCGACGCAGCUGUUCGUGUCGGCCGUCUCGAGAUUUCUAAAGUUCCGGAAUGAAACCGACCGGGUCCUUCUCAUCCAAGUCAUCCAUCGACGGCCCGAACUCGUUCAAUUGGUACGGAAAAAGCAAUGUUGCGAUUAGAAAUUCUAAAAAAUCGACAUUGUCCAGAUCGACGAGAUCCUCUCGACGUCGCCCUCGUCGUUCACCAAGUCCUCGCUGCACAUGGUCCUCUACCUGUUCACCCGUUUCUACGUGGGCACUCCAAAGUUCUACCACGAACAGCACUUGCGCAUCAUCGCCCGAAUCGUCAACUUCUGCCACUGGGCCGUGCGAAAGUACCACGCGGAGCCGAUGAUUGUGAGCAUUGCCGUCGACGCGAUCGCCGGCUACUUUCCGUGGAGCUAUGUGCGAGAGAGCGCACUUUCAAAGGAGCCGAAGGUGCCCGAGGACGCUGUGGAGGCACUCAUUCACAAGCACCUCCAUCACCAUCGAUACUGGUACAUUUUUCUCCGGAAAACUGGUUUGUUUUGGCGCAAAUUUCUCAAUUUUCUUGCAGGCAACUUCUCCACGAUCACGACAAAUCGCCGGAACAAAUAGUGACGGUCGAGGAUUUGGAGCAGUUGCCGGCCGCCGAGUUCAUUGUGCGAAUUCUCAAAAAUCCGAGUCAAGGUGAGUGGAAAUUCUGAUUUGUAGCCGAAAAAAUCGAUUUUUUUUCAGAAACGCUAGAGGAAAUGGCGAAAGAGUUCAAGGAGAUGUUGCGGACGCAGAAAUCGUUCGAACAAAUGCACGCGAACUAUUUGGCGUUCGGAAUGUUGAUCGACAAAUCGCUGGAAAUGAUGAAGGACGCGAUCGCGAAUAAAGUCAAAGGUGAGCAGGAAUUUUCGGAAUUUUUGAGCAUUUUUUGAAAAUUGGCAUAAACCCUUGACGGUUAUGGGUACAGGGCAUUUUUUGAAAAUUGGCAUAAACCCUUGACGGUCACGGGUCCACCGCAUUUUUUGAAAAUUGGCAUAAACCCUUGACGGUCACGGGUUCAAGGCAUUUUUUAAAAAUUGGCAUGGACCCUUGAAGGUCAUGGGUACAGGGCAUUUUUUGAAAAUUGGCAUGGACCCUUGACGGUCACGGGUCCAAGGUUUUGUAUUUUUUUUUUGUCCUUCAUCCCUGUAAUUUUCAGACCCGGUGUGGAAGAAUCGAAUUCCGACGAGACGGCUCGUGGAGACGCUCAUCGACGCCUCGGAACACUUUGAUAUGACGAUCGAUUCGGACUCGUCGACGGCGUACACGAAUCAGUGGCACGGGAAAGUGAUUGGAAAAUUGAAAGUGCUCCGCGCGUGCUACAUUUUUCUAUAA